GCAGUCACUCGCCGGCGUCGUCCAGGUGCAGAAGUACGCGUCGCGGUGUCGUCGUGUAGUCUGUGCUGUGAUGGGGUCCGAGCCACCCUCCGACGACUAUGAGCCGUCACUGCGGCAGUGUCUGGUGGUGAGACCUCCUCAAGGCUCGUGCGGCUUCCACCUCAGUCGCACCCAGUGGGACCCGUACCCGUGGGUGAGCGAUGUGGAGCCCGGCAGUGCCGCGGACAAGGCGGGUCUGGUGGUCGGGGACUGUGUUCUGGAGGUGAACGGCGAGGAUGUCCUAGGGAUGAGGAUCGGCGCCGUGGCUCUCAUAGUGUACGCUAGGGGAGGCCAGGUCCGGCUGCUGGUGUGGAACUCGGGCGUGGAGUACAACGGCGCGAUCUGGAGUUCUGGUAACGGCCCGACCCCGCUGAGUCUCCAGAGACUAGCCUCGUGUCUGCACAGCGUGGUGUCGCUGCUGGAGUGUCCAGUGUGUCUGGAGACCAUCCCUCCGCCAGCCUUCCAGUGUUGCAACGGUCACACCCUGUGUGGCGUGUGUCGCUCCCUCACUGACCGCUGCCCCGUGUGUCGCGUGGCUCUCGGACCCCGUGGUCGGUGUCUGCUCGCCGACAAGCUGCACAUGCUCUUCACUUCGACGUUCCUCCACUCCGGAGGCAAAAAGCAGAAACGAUCUAAGGCGUGGCGGGGACAAACACCUAAGCUACACCUGCCUUCUCGUCUCUUGCCUCGCACAGUUCCCACCCCUAGCCUGGGCUGCGGUGACGACCCCCGGGUGUGUCCCUGUCCUCUGCCGCAGUGUGAGGGUCUGAUCCGCGGCGGAAACCUACUGACUCACCUCCAGACACACGACGGCCCGCUGGUCCAGUACUUCUGUAAGGAGUCCUCCACUCAGCUCCGGUUCCCAGUGACGCGACUGACGACUCUGACCGACGCCCAGGGUGUCACAUUCCUGCUGCACGUCGUCCCCGCGCCCGACGGCCUCGCGCUGCUGUUGUGGCUCUGGGUGGCGCUCCCCGCUGCAGCACACUACCGCCUCCAGCUAGACCGCCCCGGCCGCGCUCCUCUGGUGCGCCCCGCGGUCUUCCCCGUGUCCUGGGGCCCCAACAAAGUCAUAGACUCAGCCGCUGACCGAUGCGUGGUCCUGGACGACUGUGAUUUCGAUACGAACUGUACCAAAGUAAAAAUAUCAAUACUCUCAGAUCAAGAUUAGUCUCGGAAUUAGCCUCGUGAUACAGUGACUAAGGAUUUUGUGAUCUUAUAAGUAGUGUUAUUGACGUGUUUUGUAGUAAAAUAAUAUUUAUUAAUACUGUAUGUGUUAGUCAUAAGUUUUUGUACAAAAGGAGAUUACUGCAACCAAUGCGCUCAUAAUGCAUAAU